AUUUUAAGAUGUUACCUAUUUUGUAUCGACAAACCGAGGAAAUCCCACUUUUUGAUGCUAUUGAGAAGUAUGUGGUCAGGAACUUCGGCCCAAGAGAGUUCGAUGCUAUCAAGUCCCAGAUCACUGAACUUCAUGAAUUGAGAAGUGAGAUCGCAGGUAUGAAAUCCUACGAUGAUGUUCUCUGUCUCGAGAAGUACGAGAAGAUCCUCAUUGCAUACUAUGUUGGCAUGUCUUUUAUAGAGAAGAAAUUCUCAUUUGGAGCUAAAGAUGAUACUGUCAAGCUUAGCUUCCCAUGGAAAGAUUCCCAAACAGGUGAAAAGAAAGCUAGUAAAGAUGAUCUGCAGCUCGAACUAAACUCAGUUUUGUACAACCUUGGAGCAGUGCUGAACAAUAUCGGAGUUUACACUCCUCUCGAAGGAGAUGCUAUCAAAACAGUUUCACAAAAAUUCCAAGAAGCUGCCUGGCUGUUUGAUCACAUGAAAAAGACUACUGAAGGGUUAAAGCCUUCAGUAAGAUCUCACGACUUCACUGUAGAGAACCUCCUUUUCAAUUCCACUAUACAGCUAGCUCAAUCCCAGUUCUGCUUUUUCAAGAAGGCAGAGACAGCGGGAAUGAAGCCAGGCAUCUGUGCAAAAAUUACUUUCCAAUUAAAAUCCUUCUUUGAAGAGGCAUGAAAUUACUGAAAGGCAAGUAAAGUUCUAUCAAAAUGAGGUUUUCUGGCUAAUACAACAUUCUACAUUGCCUACUACGAAGCCAUUGCUCACUACUUCAAAGGUAGAGAGUGCAAAGAUGGUGCUGAGGAAAAUGGUGGAGGAAUGGGCAACGCUGAAGGCCAUCUCCUCCUCGCUUUAACAAAAUUGGAGAAAGUUUCUACCUAUGACACACGAACAAAAGAUGCACUGAAGCAUAGGAAAGAACAAAUCGAAAAUGAGUAUGAAGAUGUCAAGAAAAUUAACUCCAAUGUCUAUUAUGAAGGAUGCACUCCUGAACGCGAGCUAGCCAAGAUCGAAAGCAAGAACUUUACCAUGUACAGAAGCAUUGAAGAGAAGCUAGAACAACCAUUCGUCGGUGCUGAGAAUUUUGAAGUGUUCUUACCCAUGGAAGUCAGGAGAUUAGAAGGAGAAUUUCAACAGGAAGCUAAUCGGAUCAUCAACCAAAAUUUAGAAAUCUUACAGAAAUUGUCAGCUGAUGAGGAUGGAUUCCUAGCCUCACAUGGACUUCCUCAAGCGAUCUAUUCUUUGUCUACGAGAGAAGAGAUUCCUGAUGACCUGUGGAAUAGAGUAAGUGACUUCCAACAGAGAGGAAACUAUCAGUACCUUGAGAACCUGAUGGCAGGAGUGAAGCAAAAUAGGAAGACAUGUUUUGAUAUUGUUGGCAAAUGAGAGACAGCAGUUGUUGGAGAAGAGAAUGAUGAUUCAAAUAUGAGAGCAACUCAUGGCACAAGUUGGCAGAGACUCCCAAGUUCUGCUCUAAACGGAGAGAUCAAGACAAGAAUUGAUUCUUAUAAAAGCAACUUAGAUAAAGCUGUUGAGACUGAUUCCACAGUUGAGUCUAAUAUGGUUACUAUAAAGCCAAAAAUAGCGUAUCUCCAAUUAUCUAGAAAUGAGCUCACUCAGAAAAUGCCAAAAUCUCAAGAAAGCGAAGCAGCUUCUUCCCCAGCUGUAACGAAUAUUCAGCAAGCAAUUGAACAACUGAAUGAGCUGAAAAGAGAGAGACAGACUACUAUUAAUCAUAUGACUGCUGGGCUAGAGUCUGCUGAUCUUAGAAAAGACUUGAUGUCUGUCCACUCUGGCACAAAAUCUAAGGAUAGUGUCUUUGAGACUCACUUGCAAGGAAUUAAUGGAUACUCAAAGGUUAUCGAAGAUCAACAAAUCAAGUCUUCUGAGCUCUUAUCUGUGAUCGAUACCAACAUGAUGAGUUUUAAUCAAACUUUAGCAGGAUCUUCGGAUACAUCUAAGAUAGAAUUCUUCAAAAGCAUUGAUGAAGGUCUUAAAUUGUAUUAUGAAAACAUGAAUCUUCUUUCAAAUGGUUCUAAAUUCUAUAAGCAAAUGCAUACAUAUCUUACAAGUCUGCACUUAUACGUUAAUGACUUUGUUGCUUCUAGAACUGUAGAGAAAGACCAGAUUAUCGAGCAACUAAAUGCUGGAGCAGGACCUCCACCAGGGGCUCCUGGAAGUACUGGAUCGCCUUACAACCCAUCCUUUAUCCCUCAGAACCCAUAUGGAGGAGGACACUACCAAUAAUGUUAACAGAGAAGCUUAGUAAUUAAUCGACCAAUAAAUUUCUACUAAUC